GGCAGGCGGAGCGCACCACGACGGCGGCCUCGGCCUGGCUCAACAUGACGGGCGACGACGUCGCCCAGGAGCACGACGAGGCGCGGCGGCAGGUCGUGUGGAUCGUGGUCGAGAGCGCGCUGCUGCUGUGCAUCCUCUGCGGCAACACCCUCACCAUCUGCGCCGUGGUGCUCGGCAGAAGGCUGGCCAGGGCCACCUCCUCGCAGUUCGUGCUCAGUUUGGCCGUCUCAGAUCUGUUGGUGGGGCUCUUUCUGCCUUAUCACAUGAGCUUCUACUGGGGCAACAACCUAGGUGCGUCUGAAACGGCGUGCCUCUUAAAGUUCUCGUGCAUGGUGUUGGCAUUUUGCAACUCCCUGUUUAGUUUGAUAUGCAUAAGUAUGGACCGAUACAUCUACAUCAUGUACCCCUUACAUUACACUACUCGUGUAACAAAAAGGUUGGCAUGGACUGCAAUAGGACUGGGAUGGCUGUACUCCAUGACAAUAGCAAGUGUACCUCUGUACUGGAAUAAUUGGGCCACUGCCUCAAGCUGUGAGCUGCAUGAGGUGAUGCCUGUUCCCUUUACCAUGCUAAUCCUGACACCUAACUUCGGACUAGUCUGGCUAGCCAUGUUUAUCGUGUACUGGCGGAUAUGGAGGGAGGCCGCAUCAGUCAGGAAAAGGUGGGGAAAUCACCAAGGGAAGCCUCCAGACGGAAAGUCGAUUCAGGUGGUGCUGCUCGUUUUAGGCAGUUUCACAGUGUGCUGGAUGCCAUUCUUCACAGUCCUUGUACUACAGGCAGUGGAUGGGCUGCACAAGUGUUUUUCCUCAACACUGUACAAAGGUGCACUUGCACUUGCCAUGACCAACUCCGGAAUGAACCCACUCAUUUAUGCUUGGAAAAACUCAGAAUUCAUGUCUGCCUUUACUCAGUUACUGCGUUGCAGAUUGCCCACAACAGACCCCACGAGAUGUGGAUCCAUAGGACAAAUAGCACUUGAGUAAAAUUACUAUUUUCAUUUCGAGCAAAACAAUUUAGCAGUCUUUUAAGAGUUUUGCCAUUAUAAAAAAAAAUAGUUUUG